AUGUUCACAGCGAGUCUCGAUAUUGAGCUGUUAGGGAUGCUGUGGGACAGGUAUUGGGCUAGGGCACUCAGGCAGAGCCCUCACAUCUCCAACCGAGCAUACGCAGUCUUGAAGCUCUAUGAUCUCCACCAGGAACUGUCCAGGGUAACAAUGGGGAUUCCAAACACGGGUGCAGCAUUACCUCCGCUUUUUGAAAAGGAGAACUUGCCGAAGAGAGAGAUGAUAAGAAGAAAGAGAAAGCCGGUUCAAUUUGCUGGAGGCGCAGGACUUACCGGAGUCGACAUUUGCCGACGACAUUGUCUACGCAACAGGAGGUUCACGAGAAGAACCGGAGCAUCUGACAGCACUACCGGCGUGCAGUAUCCCGAUAAAAACAAGGCCACAGAAGGAGGAUUAUUUUUGUACCUGCCUAUCAUUGCAAACAUAACGAGAGUCCCGAAAGCCACCGACAAGGUUAAUGGCAAUUGA